AUGAUUGGGGCGGGACAAUCACCUCCUCUCCCCCAAAAAUACAGACCACAACAAUGCGUUCGAUCAUCGCCUUUGCCUUACUGGCGACAACUGCUGCAUUCACACUUCCCGACAACGAUGAGCAGCGUUACAAGAGAAACUGAAAAGAUUGGUGGACAAUCCGGGAUUCGGAAAGAUCCAGUUGAACCAACUCCAUUCGAUCUCCGAAAAGACAAGAAAAUCGGUGGAGAAGCCGGGGAUAACCCAGCGAGCAGACAAAAGAGAGACUUUGAUGUGGCCAAGGAUAAAAUUGGAGGAAAAGCCGGGAUUCGGCCUGAGCCAACACCCGUUGAUGUGAAGCCAUGGAAGAAAGCUGAGCCGAAGCUCCACGAGAAAGUUGAAACGAACAAGGCUGAGGCCAAGAUUGGAGGCUCUGCUGGCAUCCGCCGAGACAAGCGGGAAUUCGACAAAUUCGAUGUGGCCAAGGAUAAGAUUGGAGGUGCUGCUGGAAUCCGACGAGACAAACGAGCGACUCAUGGAAAAAUUGGAGGAAAAGCCGGAAUUCGUCCAAAAGCGGAAGAGAAAAAGUUUGAUGUGGCCAAGGAUAAGAUUGGAGGCGCUGCCGGUAUU